UGUCAGCGGACCCGCCAUUCUUUCUUGUUUCUUUAGGCGUGAAUUUCGCAUGAAUCUCAUGCCCAGGCGACAAUUCUUAACGUCUUUAUCAGGCUAAACUUUCCCAGUAGAUCAUCAAGGCAGUCAGUUGAUGCAGUGGCUCCAUUAAAAAGUUCUUUGGUAACUUUAGCCUCUGUUUGGCUCUCAGGAGUAGCGCUUUUGUCACGAUGUCUGUAGGCCACCUGUCUUUGUCUGAAAGCCACUCCGGUCCUUGCCACCACAGCUUGCUGUCAUCGACUUGCCCUCCUCGACUUCCCAGUUCUGCGGAUUUUCCUUGGUGGGCACAUGGCGCCAAUAGAUCUCUGAAUGCCCUUGUAUUUUCAUCACUCUAUUUGCUACGAACUGUUUGUACUCGCCACCACCCUUUAUCCAAUGGAGAGCCACUGAGCUGUCCAGCCAUCCAUAGCACUGUUUCACGGGAAACCCUGGAGCGCUCUUCCUACAUUUGUGAUAAGAUUUGCUGCCAUAUGCGCCGACACCAGCUCUAAUCGCGGAAUGGUGAGCCCCUGCUUCGCUAGUCGAGCUUUUGCAGUAACCAAUCCCUGGCUCACACCCGAUGGCUGUCUCACAACUGCAUGCACUGUUGCACACACUCCGUUCUUACUUGCAUCCCGAAGGCGUGAAGCUCGAUUUCUUCAAUCUGCUCUUGCGACACGUUAAGGCCCUUGCUACCAUGACCUCGGCUGGUAACUCCUUCUUCCAUCGUGUCCACCGAUUUGCUAGCUGUGGGGGUAGCGGCGCAUCCCAGGCCACUUUCACGUUGCAUACAUCUCUGUAGAUGAACUUUCCCUUGAUAGUUAAAGGCGCCGCAAGACCAAGGGGAUCGUAGAUUUUUGCUAGAUUACGCAACAAUGCUCUUUUUGGACGCGACUACCUCAUUUUGAGGCAAAACGACACUGAUCUGGUCUUCCUGUUUGUCCCACGGGAGUCCAAGCAAACCACCGGUCUUUGCUUUUGAUUGGCCGAGCUGCUGUUUGGCAAACGUGCCCUCAUCUUCGACUCUUCUUUCACUCCCUUCUAACUCGGCAACAUUCGAAAGUGCCACUUGUGCAGUGUGAAUUUAGCGUCCGCGAAGAUUUUAAUAGCUCCCUCUUUCAGCUGUUGCGCCGGGUACUGUUGGUUUCCCGCUGAUCAGAUCGUCUACAUACAGGCUUUUGCGCAGUUCAGCAACAAGUUGUGGCAUGUGAGUUUCCCAGGUUUCAAGAUGACACUCUAUCACUCCCCGAGGAGAAAGGAGAAGGCACAAGACCAAACAGCGCUCGAGUAAAUCUCAACACUUCUACUUCAGAAUGUUCGCUGGUCUUCCAAUGAAACCUGAGUGCAUCUCUCUCUUCCUCCUUGAUGCGCACCUGGAGAAAGGCCUGUUGCAGGUCCCCAGUGAUAAGGACUGGAUGAAAACGCAUGCGUACUAAAACACUCCACAGGUGAUUUUGAAGCGGCGGCCCGGCAUACAGACAAUCAUUUAAGCUUGGAACUUGGGGUUUCGCACUAGAUGAGGCGUCAUAAACGAUCCUCAACUUUGUAGUUUCAGCUCCCAUACGAAUCACCGGCUUGUGGGGAAUGUAGAAUUCUUUUCCCUGCGGCGGAUCACUUGCAACUUCUACUAUUCCCUCGGACUUCUGUUUUCUGAUGAUCUCUGCAUAAGUCUCGGUCACAUCCAAGCGUCGAAGUCUGUUGUGGAGGUUGCUGAGCCUUCGCAAACUGACUUCUUUAUUGUUCGGUAAAGGCGGGUGGUUACCUUUCCAUGGCAGCGAGGCUUCAUACCAGCCUUCGGGAUGCCGUACCAAUUGCUCUCGGAACUCUGCGUAGACUGCGCGCUGAUCAUGUUCAGGGGUAUCUUCAAGCCCUAGAACGUCUAACCGACAUAGUUCUGCAUAGUCCACGUGACUCGUUUGGGUCAGCAGCAUAUUCCCGUGGUCAAUCUCAGUUCCCGGUGACAUAAUAGUCCACCCCAGCUUAGUCUUCUCUGCCACUGGUUCCCCUGGCAGUCCAACGCGCGGCCGUUCGGACGUCAUGAUCGCUGCAUACUCGCUCGCCCCUAAUAUCAAGAUGGCUGGAUGCGUUACCACGUUGUCCGUUAAUUUUGGCCUCCUGCUCUGCCUGUUUCUUAUCUUGAAUGGCAUAAAACAAAACAAAUCAUCAACGAAGCCACUAAGCAAUAGUAGCAACCUAUAUUUUGCUUCCCAAGAAGCUUGCAGGAUUAAAAUUCAAUCUUUUCACUCUCUGGCACGGCGUCCAGCAAAACACCAAGCAGUCGGAGCUUUCCAGAAAGGCUUUAUUACGUGCAAGCUUAUACUUCAUGGCUCUCUAGCCUUGGCUCUAAUAGCGCUUGCCGGAGAUGUUGAACUCAACCCUGGAUAUAGGAGUUUGGAGGAUGUUAGGAGUUCACGAGGAUUGAGGCUUGCUCAUCUAAAUAUUCGAAGCUUGAGGAACAAAUCAGACUCGCUGCGCCUGGAGGGUUUGGAUAACAGAACGAUCGAUAUUCUUACACUCAGUGAGACUUGGCUGGAUGACUGCCAUGAAGACUCUCAUGUUAUUAUUCCAGGAUAUAAUUGCAUUCGCCUGGAUAGGUCUGGAGCCAAAGAAGGUUUUGGUGGAGUAGCAAUCUAUGUAAAGGAAGGCUUGCCGUUUUGUGUUAGGAAUGAUCUUUACUCAGCCGCAAAUGAAUGUCUAUGGAUUGAGCUAUCGCGCACUAAAUGUCGCCCAGUAUUGAUUUGUUGUGCAUAUAGAGCCCCGGUUUUGACUUUGCGAACUUUAUUUCAAACUUGGAGAUAUCUAUGACGAAAGUUAACCUGGAAAAAUGUGAUUUCGUGCUUCUUGGCGACCUAAAUGCAAAUAUGCUGCCAUUCUCAAGAAAAAAAAAAAACAAGAGCUUAAAAAUUUGCAACUUCACACGAUCUUACGCAACUCAUUACUGAGGCCACCCAGUGACGGAAACCUGUCAAUCCUUGCUUGACGUGAUUUUAGUGAACAAUGAUCACCGCAUCAAUGACUCCGGUGUUGUUCCUGUUUCGCUGAGUGAUCACUACCUCGUCUAUUGUGUUUUAAAAGCAGGUGUAAUUAAGGCACCACCGAAGACAAUUGAAUACCGCUCUUAUAAAAACUUUGAUGCGAACACCUUCCUAGCGGACUUGAAUAACGUCCCAUGGCACAUCAUUGAAAACGAGGAAGACAUCGACGACGCCGUGUUUAUUUGGAAUCACUUGUUUUCUGAAAUAGCUGACCUGCAUGCGCCCGUGAAAAGGCGAAGAAUACGAGGUGUUCCGCUCCCGUGGUUGAAUGAUACAAUCAGUGAGGUGAUGAAGGAUCGUGAUUUUCACCAUUGUAAAGCCGUGAAAACCAAUUCUGCUUUUCACUGGGCUCGCUAUAGAAAGUUAAGAAAUAGGGUCAAUCGUGAAGUCAAGGCAGCAAAAUCCAAGUAUUAUUGUGACUUGAUUUUAGAGGCUAAAGGGGAUUCAGGAAAGAUCUGGAAGGCGGUGAAUGAGGUGUCUUCGCGCAAGACUAAAUCCUCGAGCCCACAAUGUAUCGUAGUUGAUGGUGUUGAACACACCACCCCAGCCUCUAUUGCAUCCGUGCUCAACUGUUAUUUCUCAUCCAUUGGCAGAAGUCUUGCAAAUAAAAUAUCAGCUGCUGCUAUGUUCCCAGUCAGAUCGGCCACGAUGCUACAGUCUUUCUCGCUUGAGCGAAGUUGAUGAGAAAACAGUACUCAAGCAUCUGCUUUCUCUAAAGACAAAUAAAGCUAUUGGCUUGGACAACAUCAGUGCGAGACUUUUAAAGUGUGGGCGCGUGCUAUUUGUCCCUCGAUCACCAAGUUACUGAAUCUCUCUAUUCGCACUGGCAAUUUUCCUGAAAUAUGGAAAUGCUCGAAAGUGGCUGCACUUUUCAAAACUGGAGAUAGGAGAGAUGCGUCAAAUUAUCGCCCAAUUUCUAUUCUGCCAACAAUGAGUAAAAUUCUGGAAAAAGUCGUUCAUUCCCAAUUCUAUGACUUUCUGAAUUCAAAUAAUCUCCUUUCAAGCAAACAAUUUGGCUUCCGUCCCAAACUGUCUACAACAUCGGCUCUCACCAGUUUUGCAGAUGAGGUCCUAUUGCAUAUGGAGAGUGGAGAACUGUGCGGUGCAGUGUUCCUAGAUCUGACCAAGGCAUUCGAUACCGUUGACCAUUCGAUCUUGCUAUCUAAAUUGUCGGCUAUCGAUGUCUCGCCCAGCACUCUACAGUGGUUCAAGUCUUACCUGAAUCAUCGUAAACAGCGGACUGCCUGUAGCGAUGCUGUGUCUGACCCUCUCCCGAUGACCUUUGGGGUGCCACAGGGGAGCAUUCUAGGACCGCUUCUCUUCUUGGUUUAUAUUAAUGACCUUCCGUUGGUUAUAAAGAAUUGCGAAGUGACUUUGUAUGCUGAUGACACGGUCCUGUACUACUUUGCUAAAGAGCCACACCUGUUAGAAGAGGCACUGAAUGAUGAUCUCUUGAAAGUUGCCCAGUGGUUACAUGGAAAUAAGUUAACUUUAAAUCUUACUAAGACGAAAUCCAUGAUUAUAGGCAGUAAUAGGAAACUUGUUGGUAUUUCCUCUUUCACGUUAUCUAUUUUUGACACUGAUAUAAAUUCUGUAAGUAGUUUUAAAUAUUUGGGAGUUAUGUUGUCUUCAACUUUCACAUGGUCCGACCAUAUUGAGUAUAUUUCAUGUAAGGUUAAUAAAAACCUUGGUCUUCUACGUAGGAUUAAGUAUUAUUUACCUUAUGAUGCCCGGUUACUUUUUAUAAUAGCUUAGUGCUACCUAUUUUUGAUUAUGCUGAUUUAGUCUGGGGUGACAAGGACAAUGUCUCACUUAUGAAGGAAUUGCAAAUUCUCCAAAACAAAGCAGCUAAGUUGAUAUUAGAUAGAUCACCUCACUCCUCAUCCACCGAUGCAUUGAUUGUCUUGAGAUGGCUGAAUCUUGAAGAACGUAGGAAAUGUCAUCGAUGUA